GAGACCGCGCGCGACCGGAUCAAUCAGUGCGAACAGCCGUGCCACGAACGUCGCCGUUGUCCUCCCUCGGGGGAGGGGGAGGAUCCACGCGACGUACUCGGGGACGUCGUGAACGGACAGCCCUCCCGCUCGUUCAGGUAAAUCGAUUAAGCGCGCGUACACGCACUCGUGCCGCGAAUUCGCGAGACGCCAGACGAUCCAGCAACGGAGAUCGCUGAGGAACGUCAAUCGUCAGUCGCAGUGACGUCGUCGUCGGACCGGCACCGGUGUCUCGGCUGUCGUGUCGCCUCGUGUCGCACCGGCCGCGGCCGCGGCGUGUAGUAUCGCGUGUAGCAGUACGCGAGAGUACGCAACCGUACCACGGGAGUGUGUCUCUCGCAGAGUGCACCGGUUCUCGUCCCCGAUGGCGAUCGUACGACGGAUCGCUCGCUUCCCGCGGGCACGAUUCGCCAACUCCCCCGUGAAAGAUAUCGGUGAUGUGUCGUCUCCUUCUCCCUCUCGCUCGCGUUACCGGCGCGCGGUUCCGAUCCUGACAUCGGGGAGAAGCACGUCCCGUCUUGGUACUUAACACAGUUCGACCGUCACACCGGCGAUCAUCGAGUGCACGAGUGCACGUCCGUGCACUUUCACUGUACGAUGCGAAUCAACUCUCGUUCUCUCUGCUCAACUCCAGCAACUCGUCGAUAAAGACGAUAUGCGGAUAAGACGAGUAUGCGGAUACGACGCAAUUUCACGGAGGACAUUCCGAUGUUAAGUGCAAUGUUUAAUUAGGCGCAAUUUUACGCUAACGUCACGUUCAAGCGAUAUACUACUUGCCGCCGAGAUUGAAGACGCGGAAAAUGUCGAUUGUCGAUAAGAGUACCGAGGUAGCAGUAACCUUAGAAUUUGCCUCAAUUGUUUAUAAGCAAUUACAUUCGAAUCAACAACGAGCAUUUUCCUGACGAUUUCAGCAUGGAGUGCCCCGAAGCGGUAGAACGAGGUCGGAAUUUUCGUCUACUCGCUGAAGAGGAACUGUCGACGCUCUUGGAUUUUCUUACAGAAUACUUGCCCGAAUCGCUCAAGUUUCAUCAGACUGUACUGACUUAUAUGCGGGACAGAGUCUGGGAGUUCCAUUUUUAUGUGGCUAACGACUGGCCCGAGGAUGCAAUUUGCUUACAUUUCCCCGGGAUGACGCUAUCUCCGCACGGUUUGUUGUACGAGAGCGUCGGCGUCUUCUGCCCGAAGAAUCGGCUGGAGCUGCUGCGGCUUCUCCGAGAGGAGGACAUUCUGUUGGACUGGUCGAGGCCGUUGUACAUUAAUUUCGUCCACUACAAUAUCGCCGAGGAGCUGACGCGUCUCUACGAGGGCACCGGCAUGAUCGAGACGGUCGUGGGCGACGUGUGCGCGUGUGAAGACUUUGAGCAGGACGAGGAGAGCGAGGAACCGAACGACGAGUCGAAUCCCGAUGUCCAGGUGCGACCGCUCAAAGCCGAGCACGCCGAGGGAAUUCACGAGCUGUAUCCGGCGAAUGACAUGGAGUGCCACGAGCUCUUUCUUCGACUCAUUAAGACUCUGCCUGCGGCCGGCGUGUUCGAGAAGGGCAGCCUGGCCGCGUGGAUGGUCCAAUCCUAUUACGGGGCCAUGUUCUCCAUGCAGACCAAGCCGGAAUAUCGUAGGAAAGGUUACGGGACGAAGCUAGCAAGGUACCUGACAAAACGCGUAGCCGAGAGAGGCUAUUACCCGUUUGUAGUAAUACGUCCGGAGAACGAGGCCAGUCAAAGCCUGUACAAGAAGCUGGGCUUCAGACGGCUUUACCAAAUCGUUCGGAUGAUUUUCACGCCCGCCACGUGGCAAGAAAGUGAGAGCGACGCGAACGUCCUCAGGGACAACCUGGAGAACGCCGUCAGGCAGCUCACCAUUGAGCAGAGGGUAAUAACGGCUCUACGCGAAGAGGAGACGAUACGAGAUCCUGUGGGAGUUGCGGAGAAUGAGCCGAUCGUCAACGAGCCCGAGAGCGAAAGGGAGGGUGAAGAGGGCGUUGACGAGCAACUCCUCGAGGCUCUCUCUAUCGAGACUGAAGACAGAAUAGACGCCGCGUACGACUACACGGACAACGUAGCAGCCGAAGACGCGUCGGAAGUCGAUGACUCUUGCGGAACGGAUGCUGCGGCUGCCGACGAAUAGAUCCAGGAACGCUUACGCGAUAAACGACGGUCCAUGACUCGCGUUUCGUUCGCUCGAAGAUGCGCUGUGAAACGUUGAUAAACAAUGAGGUACUUGAGUAAAUCACCAAACGGAAAUUGCAAGUAAAAACUAAUUUCGGAGAUGGUAUGUAAAGGCUCGCUGCGUACCGUUUUCAACAAUUGCCUGUUCUCUAUUCUGUAUUUGAUCUCUCGUCGAUGGGGACGAACGCAAGUUCGUAGAUAAUUGACGAUUUAUGUUCAUAAAUAAUAAAGAUGAGAGAGAGAUUCAUAUGAAUUAUCUAAUAAUAUCCUUGGAUUAUCAUAAAAGGUAAAUCGCGAUACCAAGUGCAGUACAACAAUGAUCAGACAUUGUAUUAAAUGUGUUUUCAACUAGUAGGUGCAUGACUAGACGCGACCUUCGAGCGAUAGAAACGAAAGAGUCAAAGAUAGGAAAUAUUUUAAGAAAUUUCGACAUAGCAACGCGUUCGUGCGAGGCUUCAAUUCGCGUACGAGGAAUCGAAGAUCCUCGUACGAUUCCUCAUAUCAGACUCUUUCUGAAACGUCGUGCAAGUCUCAGGUGCUGGAUACCUUUGGGCCGCCAAUGUUAUAUCUCAUGUCAGAGUCUAUCCGCAUCACGUAUUGUUCUUCUAUUGCGUUUGUAGGUACCUACAUAAUUUGACAAAGAUCGUCGUUAUCAAUGACCCGCGUUUAUAUAAAAAUGCGUUCAACAACGCGUCUAAUGUAUUCCAAUAUUUUUAGCUGAAUUGAAUAAAAUUGUCGCAUGAAAAUAGUUGACUGUUUAUGUCUAUAACGCGUUUUAUCCACUUGUCUCAUAUCUCUGUCGUUCACGCCGUUACAAUUAUCAGAUAAAGAUCAGUAUUGGCGUACGACAUAUAUUCGCUUAAAAGAGAUCUCGUAUUAAUAUUCUAUGACAUAUUAUAAUGUUCUGUACAUCGUAAGCUUUUUAUACUUUCAUUUUUAGCUAUUUAAAUAAUAAACAAAUAAACUUGAUUUAGACUUGAUCACUCAUGAAUUUGCAAGUCUACAUCAAUUUGAGAAGUGGAAGACGUGCUAAUUUUCACCAGGCGCAAAGGUUCGAAAGUCUGCGAGGUGAUUCAAACUGUGAUUAUAAUUUCGCGUAUAAAGUAGAAUUUCGCGAGAAAUUACGAAGCCUCGUGCGUACUCGACACGCUUUCCUCGACAUAAUAGAAGUAAUUCGCUGUGUCGAUGUAACGAUGCAGAUGUGGCCGUUUUUGAUAAAAAUACGUUCCGCCAAUAAUAAAAUUCUCUCCUCUAUUUUUGAAUUUGCGUACGUUGCGUAGCGCAUGUGUCUACGUAGAUUACAAAUACCUCGAGGCCACUCGAGUUUCAUUACAGUAAAA